CUAUAGUGAUGAAAAGUGAAAGCUUUUGGGGGUCUUUUAUCAUUAUUGUAUUAUUAAUCAAAGUAUUGAAAGUGCUACCCCCAAUAGAUAGAAAAAAAAGGAACAAGGGAGCUUUCGAGUAAGCGACAAAGAACGGCACUGUACGACUGUACAACACACGUGUGUCUGUGCAUUUUUUGCUCUUUAGAACGUAUUGUGGUAACCAUAAUGCGUUCCACGUGUCGCUUGCUGGAAAGCUCUCCAAAUCGUCACCAAUGCUUCCCAAAAUAAUUAUCAUCAACUGCGUUUUUUGAACGGCGUUCAAAAAGUGGUCAGGCUAUUAGUCUCACUGCAACAGACGUGUACCUAGCCAAAAAGCAACAGAAGAAAAUACGGUCUUGGCCACGUGCUCCACUUGUUUCGAUAGAAAUGGCCCUAUCCUCGAAAUCUGAAGCCCUCAAACAUGUACCUUGGUUUUCGCUGUCAGAAUGGCAUCGAGUCUACAAACAAAUAUAUUCCAAUGAUACUUUGGAACAAACAGCUGCUUAUGAAACACUCUUGGUAUGGAAAGCCAGAAUUCCAAAACUACCUGUAGGCGUAGAAUGUACUCUAUCGCUAAUCCAAGUAUGUUUGCGAGAUAGAGAAUGGAAAGAAAAAAUUGACGAGGCUAAAUUGCCAAUGUAUUAUGAAAGUGAUCUCCGCCUCAUGUAUUCCACAACGAUAAUGAGAUUUUUGAAUCAAAUCUCAAACAUCGGACACACAAAACAAACAUCCAUGUUUCAAAUUGCCAAACAAUUGGAAAUUCCUGAAUGGAUCGUCAAUCUAAGGCACGAUGCGGCUCAUGGACAUGAGUUACCAUCCCUAGGGUCACUGAGAAUGGCAGCAAAUAUAUUAUUGACAUGGCUACACGAAGAGUAUUGGUCGGCUGAAGCGAAAGCAAUGGAUCAAUGUUACAAAGAAUCAGCCAAAAAUAUUGAAGAUGAAAGCUCUUGCGAGUACCGAGCACUUGCUGUAUUCUUUGAACUCUGGAUUGCAAUUGGCCUUUAUGCAAAAGCAGAUUACAAAACUGUUAGAGAAUUACCUGAUACUGAUCUUUGCAAUACACUACUGAAUCUGUGCAAGGUUUUACCGGAAAGUCCACUGGAGAAGGAAAAUAUAUCUGGAACAACAAAGAACCAAGAUGACUAUCUACUGUCUGUUGCCCGAAAUCUUGUCUUCACGGAAAUAUCAACGCUACUGAACAGGAAUAAAUCUAUAAUGAAAAUGGAGGAAAUCAUCGUGAAGAUAUUGUUUGAUUGUGAGGCAUUUUUACCGGGUUCUGAGAUUACCAACAUUUUUCAGACGGAUGACGAAAAAAAAUUUCGCUCGGAUGGCAAAAAAACACACAAUUUACCGACAGAAAUGAUAGACUUUUGGCGAAAAUUCAUUCUACUGCUUCACGACAAAAAACUACUGGAUGGAUUGAUCUGGCGCUUGUUCGAUUUUGUGAAUUCACCGUACAACGAUACCAACAAACGUUUCGUUGCAUCGCUCUGGUUAAAAUCGAUUUUCCGUUCAUUGCUUAAGCUUCGAAUUAUUCAGGGCGUGAGCCAAUCGGUAGAACAUACGUUUGAUAAUAAACAAAAGGGAAUGUCCGGAAAACAAGGGAUGCAAAAAGUUCGUGAUAUUGUACAUAAGACCAAUCCGGCAUUGUCAAAUGCUAUGUGGCUCAAUGCGUCGUCCGACAUUCCAAUGUUUUUGAAAGAUAUCAAUUUUGCAACGGAGCUUCUUCUCAACCCAAAUAUGUAUUCAAAAGUAUUUAUCGAUCCAAUGCUUGAUCUUGUUACUCCAUCGCUCACUAAAAAGUGUAAAGAUAGUUUGCUCAAACUCGUAAAAAUAAUCACAACUACCGAUCGUCCUACGAAAAUCGACGUUAACGAAGAUACCGAUCGAAUUUACUGCGUCGAAGAUUUGAUUCAAAUUUGUGGGGAUAUCGGACCCACAGAACCACGAGCAAAUCGAGUUUUGCUAACAUCGAUCGAACCAGAAAUAGCUGAUCGAACGAUACGUACUGACGCUUGGGAAAUUGCAUCAGGUGACUACGAGUGGGCUUAUUGUUCCUUUGGAAUUUUACCCUGGCAAAUCGAUUCCGUGGAGACGCUAGAGCUCUCCGUUUCCCAUCAGUCUCGACCGAUUCUCAUAUCUAAAGAAUCCACAAUCCUGCCAGGAUUACUGGAUGAGAAAUUAUUGACGACUGAAAGUCGUGUCAAUUGGGAUCUUGUACUGAGAAAAAAAAAGAGAAUGAAGAGAAAACGCAGACAAGACGACUCUGAAAUCAUGAUAGAAAAGGCAAUUGAAGUCGUGAAAAAGCGACAAAAAUGAGUUUUCAUGAGAUUGUUCACUAUAAUUUAUUGCUGUUGAGCUUUCGAUUUAUAAUAAAAUAAGAGAAAAACAUUA